UGGGGGCUUGAGCUACAAUGACAGGGGGGCCUUCUUCCUCUGCCGCCCACUCCCGGCCGUGGGCGGGCUCGAACCCGCGUCGCGGCGGCCCCGCAGUGCUCGGCCGGCUGCCAGGCUGCGCGGAGCUCCCGCCGCGGGGCCGCGGCCCCGGCUCAGGAGCCACAUGAACUUCUGAAACAACUUGUGACAAUGUAUAGUCUUAAGUGCUGCAGUCUGAGAGCCCUUUUUCUAUUGAUCCUCUAUAGGUCAAUGCAAGUUCCUGAAGCUGAAGGAAAAAGUGAAAUUCUACCUCCAACUAUACAAAAAAUAAUAAAAGGAUACAACAAAUAUCUACGUCCAUUUUUCGAUAAUGGUCCUGUGUCAGUUGGAAUGAGUAUGGAUAUUGCAAGCAUUGAUACAAUAUCAGAAAUAAAUAUGGACUACACAGCUACCAUAUUUCUAAGGCAGAGAUGGACUGAUGAGAGACUUUGUUUUGAUGGUAAUAAGAGUUUAAGCUUAGAUGGUCGGCUUGUGGAAAUGCUUUGGGUACCAGAUACAUUCAUAGUGGAUUCAAAAAGGUCUUUUCUUCAUGAUGUCACUGUUGAGAAUCGUCUUAUAAGAAUAUACCCUAAUGGAACAGUCUUGUAUGCUAUACGGAUCACCACAACCGUAUCAUGCAGCAUGGAUCUGACUAAAUAUCCAAUGGAUAAACAGACAUGUACUUUGCAACUGGAAAGCUGGGGUUAUAACAUCAAUGAUGUCAUGUUUUACUGGACCAGAGGAAAUGAUUCAGUUCGAGGUUUGGACACACUCCGGCUGGCACAAUACACAGUAGAAGACCACUUUACCUCCGUGUCUGAGGCUGUAUAUGAGACAGGACGUUACCCAAAACUAGUGUUUCACUUUGAACUCAAGAGAAACAUCUUGUAUUUCAUAUUAGAGACAUAUGUACCAUCAAUCCUACUGGUUGUGCUCUCCUGGGUAUCAUUUUGGAUAAGCCAGUCAUCAGUUCCAGCUAGAAUCUGCAUAGGUGUUACCACAGUCCUUACAAUGACAACGCUGAUGAUGGGAGCCAGGACUUCACUCCCAAAUGCUAAUUGCUUUAUUAAGGCAAUUGAUGUGUACCUCGGUAUCUGCUUCAGCUUCAUCUUUGGAGCACUGUUAGAGUAUGCUGUGACUCAUUUCUGCACUCUGCAUCAACUCAGUUCAAAGGAACUUCCAAUGUGUCUCACACCAUGUGAACCAGUACCCACAGAGACAGCUUCAGAGCUAAUGGCAAAAGCAGAGGAACCACCUGCUGCAAGGAAGGAUGAUGAUGAAGAUGAUGAAGAAGGCAAGAACAGAGCCCUGGCAGCAAUCACUAACAAUUGCAGUGCCCCUGACAAUACAAAUAAGAUCAAUUCAAACAAGAGCAACCAAACCAGCAUCGAUAGAAAAAGUGAGAGAAGUAAACACAGUGUGUGUAGUUCACCAAUGUCAGUAAUGAAAAGACUUUUCUGUAUCUUUGAUUGCUUCCAUGUUAAAAAUCCUUACCACAUAGACAACUAUGCCCGAUUUUCUUUCCCAUUGUCAUUCAUCAUAAUUAAUGUACUUUACUGGGUAUACUAUUUGUAUUUCUAAAUAUUCUACGGUGUAAAAUUGAUUUAAAGUUUAGGAAGUGGAUAUGGGAGGGGAAGUUGCAAAGAAUAGAGAAGUUGUAUUUGGAUAAAGGGAUAUGAAAGGACUUCUUUCAUGACAUCUUUUUAAGGGCGUCUACAAAAUUUCUUGUCAACUCACUUUUCUGCUGUUAGAUGUCUGUCAUCCAAAACUGACUUUCCUAUUAGCAUGCAUGUCACAUAUUAAACUACUUAUCAAAGACCAGUAAGUCCUUUUUUAAUAUUUAAUGGUCAAAUUUGUGGGAUAAGAGUUAUACUUGUUUCUGAACUGCAUUGAAUAAACAUAAAAAUAGAACCAA